GAGGGGCGUGUGUUAGUUGGGUUGGGGCUGGGUUUGGGGUGGGGAAUGGCAUGGGUGUGGGGAAGGGGAGUUUGGGAUGGGGUUGGGUGGGUUUGCGGGUUUGUGGGGAUGGGUUUAUGCGAGGGCAGACUUGCCGCUGACAAUGUACCGCUGCACCUCGUCUGGCCCGUCGUCGUCGGCAGGCAGGUAGCGCGGGAAGAUAUUGUCGGCGUCGGCGUCGUCGGCGUGGACGUGGAUGUUGGCGUGGGCGUGGGUGUCGGGGUCGCUGGAGGGGGGCGGGGCGGCGGCCAUGGUUGCGCGCGCGUAGGUGUAGAUGUGUUGGUUGGUCGGAUGUAUGUGCGUGUGUGUGUAUGCGUAUGUGGAAGAGGAAAGCGACGGAGAGAGAGAGAGAGAGAGAGAGCAGGCGCGGGCGAAAUGUCGCAGGCUAACAGCGGAAGCAGCGGAGCUGUGGCGGGGGAUGGACGGAGGGAGAGAGGGUCCUGAGGUGCUACUGUCCUCGCUACGUAGCUAGUGCUC